ACACGCCAGCCGCAGGUCCAGCAGGUCGAAGUGAGACACGUACAGCAGACAUGCGGUCCGGGUACAUUUUGCUUAGUCUCCUGCUGGCCUGCGUGCUGGACGCCAGCACGGCCACAGUUUUUAUCGGCACCUCGGCCGGCGUGGCUACGGCCGCGGCCGUGGCCAUCGGUGCCGCGGCCGUGCUCGGUUUGGGCGCCCUCGGCGUCGGAGCCGCCGUAGCCGCGGGUCGCGGCCGUCGCGGACGUGGACGCAGAUUCCGAGGAGGACGGAGGUUCAGGGGCCGUCGUGACGCCACCCUGGAGGAGCUGGAUGAGGAGGAGGACUCCAACAUGUGGGACAUGGUCAGCACCAACGAUCAGGCCGGCUGCGCGCGCAAGCUCAUCUGCCUGCUGGAGGCGGCCGAGGGCCGGGUGGACCAGGACGAGCAGGUGGUGCUGGCCUUCCUGGGCGACCUCAAGGACCUGGCCAAGGCGCAGCGCGCCUCCAAGGUGCCUUACGAGGCGGCCGGCUGGCUGGGCCGCCAGCGCGGCGCCAAGGCCUGCGAGGCGGCGUUCGGCACCAGCUGCCCCUACAGCCGCGAGAACAUGAUGACCGUGGUGAAGACCAUCUGGAGCACCGCGCUGCCGGCCGUCGACCAGGCCUGAGUCUGACCCCCGGCCCCUCUCUUUCCCUCCCGUUCAUUGCACUCAUCCGUAGACUAGUCCGUGUUACGUGUAUGUGCUCAUGUCGCUCAUAUGUGUCACUCACUGUGGCAAAGUACAGUUUUAAAGAUGAUAUCACAAGUGAUUGUUUAGAGAUGACGUUGUUAAACAUCAUCCACCAAAAGUGAGGUAUCGCCUCUAUACCACUUCGUAACAGCUGUGGUAACACUAAUCGUUUCGGUGCAGGAUAUGCUGUGUUGAUAUGGUCAAUGCGUCAAUAUGAAAUACAGUACGUCACACUGAUAUAA